AUGGCUGAGCACACAUGCUGUGACCACUGCCUCUGCUCCUCUGUCCUGUCAGCUAAUUCCUACUGGGGUUCCCUUUCAUUGCCAGCUGGUUCCAGCAAGUGGCGGCCGAACAGGGACCCUGAAAACCUGGGAUCAAAGCAGAGGACCCCGCUAAGACAUGAACAAAUAAAAUUUAAUCAGUUGAUUGGGGAAGUUGAACAGGGUAACAAGUCUCACUCUGCUCCGGGAGCGCAUACUGCUGCCCAAGAGAAAUCAAAUAAAUUGAUAAAAGUUGAAUCUAUUGGGUCAGACAAUGAGGAAAAGUCAGAUGGCUUGGAUGCUCAAGAAAAGUCAGAUGACUCAGAUGCUGAGGAAAAAAUAUAUGAUGAACCUAUUAAGGAUAAAAUAGUCCAUGUUGAGGAAAUGUUGAAUUCAGUUAUAAAAAAAUUGUCACAGAUUGAAACAAAGCAACGACCCCCUUUAAGGGUGAAUGUUUGUGAGCCCUCUUUAACAGCUCUAGGGGACUCAGAUUUCUUUCUGUCACCCCCUCUGCCUGUUAUUCCCCAGGCACAGUCUACUCCAUCUGUGCAGCCUAGUCGGCUCAGGCCUUUGAAGUUAUCUAGACCUCCUAAUGAUGAAUUCCCUCUUGAUGGAUCUUCUAAUGGAAUGGCUGCUCUUCCUAUUGAUGGAAAUACUACAUCCUGGGAUACUGGUCUUUCUUCAGCCCAGGAAGUUGAGCUUCAAGCAGUUUUACAGGCCCUUAUGCUUCUGCCUACUAGUGCUUUUAAUUUAUAUUCAGAUAGUCAUUAUGUUAUUCGAGUCCUUCAGCUUGCUCAUAAUACUACACAGGCUCUACACUUUCAAGGUAGGAUUGAUGAUAAGGUAGAACAAAAACUAGAAGCAUUAUAUGAGUCAGUAUUGUCUUUAGGAGAACAAGUUCGCGCUCUGCAAACUUUACAGCCUGAGAUGGAGCUAGUUGCUCAGCCAGGCCUUUUCAGUAUCAAAGAUGGAGAUUCGGAUAUGGAAGAGAUGGCCGGAGCCGACAUUGUAAUGGGGGUGGCCUUCCUCACUCAGAGUGCAGCUGGGGUCCUGGGAAACUCCUGUCUCCUUUGUUUUUACAGCUACACCCUUCUCACUGGACAGAAGGUGAGGCCCACAGACCCCAUCCUCUGCCAUCUGGUCUUUGCCAACAACUUGGUUGUUUUGUCUGUUGGGAUCCCUCAGACCAUGGAAGGUUUUGGAUGGAAGUACUUCCUGGAUGAUGUUGGAUGUAAAGUUGUUUUUUAUUUCUACAGAGUAGCCAGAGGGGUUUCUCUUAAUGCCACCUGCCUUCUGGGUGGCUUCCAGGUCUCAAAGCUUUGCACUAGAAAUGCUUGGUGGAAGAUCACUAAUAAAUUCCCCAAGUGCUUUGGAUUCUGUGGCUCUUUUCUCUGGAUCCUGCAUCUCCUGGUAAAUGUUUCUGUGCCUCUGAGAUUGAUUGGCCCAAGACCCAAACAAAAUGUCACUCUCCAUAUGCAUUAUAGAUACUGUGCCAUAGGAGCAGUCCCACCAAAGUCAUUUGUACGUUUAUCACAGAUGGUCUUAUUCUCUUCCAUUGAUGUUAUGUGCUUGGUUUUCAUGAUGUGGGCCAGUGGCUCCAUGGUCUUUGUUCUGCAUAGACACAAGCAGAGUGUCCACCACAUUCACAGCCAGAUUCUCUCCCGAAGACCUGACCAUGAGGCCAGGGCCACCCGCACCAUCCUGUCCCUGGUGUGCAUGUUCGUCUCCUUCUACUGCCUCUCUGCCAUUUUCACUCUUUGUGUUGGUCUACAUACGAAACCAGACUUGUGGCUUGUGGACAUGGGUGUGUUCCUGGGUGCAUGUUUCUCAGUCCUUAGUCCCUUUGUGCUCAUCAGCAGUGACACUCGUCAGCUUGCACACUCAUACUCCUAUUUUGUGUUUCCUGAAGUACCUGGGAUGACAGAUAUGGAAGAGAUGACAGAAGUUGCAGUGGAUGUGGGAGCUGCCUUCCUCACUCAGACUGCAGGUGGAGUUCUGGGGAACUCCUGUUCUCCUUUGUUUUUACACCUAUACUCUCUUCACUGGACAGAAGGCCCAGCAGAAGCCUUUGCAACAUUAUUACAUGUUGCCUCAUUCAUUUCCAUUGAUGUUAUGUGCCUGGUUUUCAUGAUGUGGGCCAGUGGCUCCGUGGUCUUUUUCCUGCACAGACACAAGCAGAGGGUCCUGCACAUUCACACCUACAUUCCCUCUCGAAGACCUGACCAUGAGGCCAGGGCCAUGCACACCAUCCUGACCUUG